AUGGUACUAUUUCAUCUUAUAUUAUUGAAAAUAUUCUUAUUCUAUUCAAGUCAGUCUUCAGCACAAAAAUCUAAACAAAAUGAUCAUAUUAUCACAACACAAACAGCAUUUAACACUUUAAGUUAUGAAAGAACUCAAAACUUUCAAGAUGUUUCUGAUGAAAAUACAAUUGAAGCAUUAAAAUAUAUUGCAUAUUAUUUAAGAAAUUACAAAUUUAAUGAGUGGGAUCGCAGGUUGUAUCAGUCACAACCAAAUGAACGUUUAUCUGGUUUCUUUGUCCAUUUUCCCGAUCCACCAUUGGAAACUCUACACUGGGAAGUAUAUGAAAAUUGCGAUGAUAGCUUCAUAAAAUGUAUCAUAUAUUUGCAAAGUGUCAUUGGUGCUUCACCUGAUAUUUGCAUUAAUAAGAACAAAACAUUAACUAAAAUCGAAACUGAAAAUUAUAUCAAAAGUGAUUUGGAAGAUAGUAUGCCAUUUUACAAUUCUAUAGAAAAAUUUAAAUGGAAAACUACAGCAUCGUAUUACAUGUGUUGGUACACGAUGUUAGGUAUUCCUGCAUUAUCAAUGCUCAGUGGAUCCUGUGACAAUUUUGCCAAUUCCUUAGAUUACACUGAUAUCAGUCAUAAUUAUGAUCCGAGAUCUAAUAACAAAUUGUCCUUUGCAUGUGCUAUGUUUAGUUUUUGUCCUGAUCCAUGUUGUCCCAAAAAAUAUGUAUAUUCAUAUAAAGAAUGUUACGAAGAUAGGAAAAAUCCUUGUUUUAUUGAAAAUAAUUACAGAAAUGUUCAUUCUGCGUGUAAAAUGAAUCACAAGGAAAAUCAAAAUUUAAGCGGUAUAAUUGCAAACAAAUGGAACGUUUCUUGCACCUGCAAAGAAAAUGGGUUUACUUGGAGUUCAAAAUAUGAAAUGUGUGUAGAUGUCAAUGAAUGCACAAAGGAGGAUCAUAAUUGCGAUACCUCCUCAGAAAAUUGUUUAAAUUCACCAGGUGUAUGA